UAGGUUUCGAAGGAUUAAACACACACUCACACACACACACUCACACACAUAGAGAGACACAGCUUCCUUAAAAGGCAACGCAAGAACAUCCAAAAUGAGUGAUCACCCAGUCAAGCAGGAGGUGCAGAACUUCGACAAGAGGUGUCUAAAAAAGACCAACACCGCAGAGAAAAACUCUCUUCCAACAAAGGAGGACAUCGAACAAGAAAAGAAGGCUGCCGAGGGUGGAAAAUGAAGCCCGUCGAGCAUGAUUCUUCAUGUAUCUCUCUAUCUAACACCCCCACCCUUUCCCUUCUCCUUUUAAGACAUUUUACUCGAUCACCCUCUUCACCUCCUGCACUCCAAAUCCUUGUUUAAAUAAUAUCGCAGUCUCUUCACAGGCAAGGAGACAUGCAACCGAAAGGGGCAGAUGAGUGGUAAAAUCCUGUGUAAUUGCACCUAUGCAUAUUUGUAAACUUUUUUUUUUUUUUUUCUUUUCUAUUUUGCAUACCUGAGAGUGGACUAAGGUUGUAUUGGAGCAGCUGAGCAAUCAAACACAAGUGUGUAUGUCUUAUCAUCAGCCAGUAACUCUGUCAUCUAUGCCCAUGUCUCUGUAUCUGGUAACAUUCGUUAUGAGUUAACCAGCAAAUGACAUGUAAAAAUAUUUUUGUUAAAAAAAAAUGUAAAAAAAAUAAAUAAAAUAAAUGAUGUUUAAAACAUA